AUGGACUAUCGCUCAUCUAUAGCCGACGAUGAGCACCCGGUGGGCGCAUCUCCUUGGGGCUCAUCACCUCCAGCAUCGCCGCGGCGCAAUGAAUCUACCUACAACGCAGGCGGCAAUGAGCCGGCAUAUCAUUAUGAUGUGCAAGACCCGAGUAAUGGGCUAUCACACGACGAUUUGACGGGAAACGUAUUCGGCCCGACAGACGCCAUAGCAAGCGAGGCUUCCACGACAGUAUACGAUCCGUCUCAACAAUCCGAAACAUCACAAGAGCCUGAGUUUGGAUCGUCGGCCGAACGAUCUCAACAGGAACAAGCGCAGGGAGGGCUACAGCAAACGCAAGGGCAAGGGAUGCCACGAGGAAGUGCUGCGCCCGGAGGCCACGAACAACAGGCCCGUAGGCAAAAUUAUCCGCAGUACAAGCUGCAGGCAAAGAUCGCUGGGCUGGAGCGCACCGGUAGAAAAGACCCGAUCCUCAGAUUUGAUGUUCACACAAAUAUACCCAAGUUUCGAACCACCCAGUUCCGUGAUGUGCGCCGCCUCCACUCCGAAUUCGUCAAACUUGCCGAACACUUGAUUUCCGCCAACCCCGAGGCACUGGUUCCAGCAGUCCCUCCGCCAUUGACUUCGGCCGGAGCCGGGACGGACGAAGACGAGGCACGUGUGAAGGCUUUGAUGCAACGAUGGCUUAACUACGUCUGCAGCAACGAGGUGCUCAUGAGAGAUGAUGAGAUGGUACUUUUUGUCGAGAGUGACUUUGGCUAUAGCCCCAUGGUCAAGAAGAAACAACCGGCUACUGGCGUACGCAGGAAGCUGCUGAAGCAAUUUGCCCCUCCGCCGGAUGAUACCCCUGAGCUAUCCGACGCUCGUCCAAUUGUGAAGCUAUUCUAUCUGGGUUCUAUGGAUGCUGGACAUAAGGUUGAUAAGCUCGUCAAGGCUCGCCGAGGGCUUGGGCUUGCAGAAUCCGACUUUGGUGUCAAGCUCGGUGCGAUGAAUAUUCAAGAGCCGCACCAAGGGCUGGCCAGCGCAUACCGUAAACUCGGCAAAGUCGUUCAAACUGUUGGCGACUGUCAUGCCGCCCAGGCAACAGCAGAAGCAACGACGAUCGGCGAUCCGUUCCAAUAUCACUCACAGGAUGCGUUUAUCGUGAAAGAGAGCCUGACCAACCGACAGUUACUCACGCGCGAAUUCUUGCAGGCCCAGGAAAACACACGUAGCAAACUCAAUGCCGCCGAUCGUCUAAAGGCCAGUUCCAGUGUGCGCCGUGAAAAGGUUGAUGAGGCUAUUACGGCUCUGGAUGAUGCAAGACAGAACGAACUCGAGCUGAUGAGGAAGACGUCACGUGUGACACAAAACCUGGUCUUAGAGCGCCGCAGAUGGUUUGCAAGGACGGCUACGGACUUACGAAUGAGCAUUCGUGAGUUCGUUUUGCGGGAGAUCGAAGCCGAGCGCCGCACCCUUUCCUUACUGGAGAGCGUUCGACCUGAUAUCAGGGCUAUCGAUGCCUCGGGCGGUCUAAGCAGGCUGGGCCGCGAGGCUCAUCCUACAGUGCGUCGAAUAAGCAUGGCAGCAAGUCAGGGCCCCAAGGGUGAUGCCUGGAGUGGUGUGCCUCGGCGCACAGAUGUUCCCAACAGAAGUAUCUCGGGAAGUUUCAUGCCGAAUGUUGCUGAGGAUGAAGAUGGCGAACAAGGCCAAAGCACAGGAUCUAAUGCUGCCGGUGUCGCAGGUAGUGCGGGCUUAGCUGGUCUCGGCGAGGAAGACGACGAAGAUCGGGUGGAUGCGAGAAACGCUGCGAGCCGUUUGGCAACCAGCACAUUUUGA